AUGUUCCACUCCGGGGAAUGCCUGAGAUUCACGGAGAAGGAAAUGACUUUCACUAUCCCGGAUGGCUUUCCAACGGACGGAGUCAUCCACCAGUUACGGGUCUUCAAGGACUGGAAUGAGACCUACAAAGUAGAGGAAUUUAAGAUCAAGAAUCCUUCGAUUCCCCCUGUGUGGAUCGAUCCUUCCUCUGGGGUGAUCUUUGCUCGGCCGGACUUCAUCCAAAGGCUCAACAGGACCAGAGAUGGGAAGCAAGUGGAAGUGGAAGCUUGUAUAAACAGGACGUGCGACAGCAUGAAGCUCCACUUCGUUGCAGCUGGGGUCCCUGCCGAUUGCAGCAACGGAUCUAUCAAUGAGGACGUGUGCUUCCACGAAGAGCAUGCCUUCCAAGUGAAGGAGAACUUGAAAGGAGUGGUCUUGGGUGAUCUUAGGCCGAAGGUCAUGCAGACUCUCUGUCCUGACCUCAACAUCUCCUAUUACAUCGUAUCAGAGCCUAACUGGGGAGUUCGGGUGAGUUGGGAUGGUAAGUUGGAGACGACUUUCGAACUGGAUCGGGAGGACCUGGUCAAGGCGAACGAGAACCAGACUUUCGUCCUGCAAGUCCGAUGCUUUGUUCAGAAUGAUGUCCCUGGCAUGGAACCUUACACCUUCAAGCACGAGAUCCAGGUGGAAGUCCUGGACGAAGAUGACAAUCCCCCCGAACUGCUCAUCUCGGAUCUUCGUCCCAUCGACCUUUCAUGCCACUCCCUUAAAGAGGGAGACAAUUUGAAGACGAUAAUGACGGAGGUACCGAUUUCGGAUGCUGACAGCGUUCUGGUCAACUCGUUUCAAGUGAGAAUGCUAGGGGAUGAUCUGGGGAUUUUCAAUCAAUCUUCCCUGAAAAUAAUCUCCCAUAAUUUCAGGACCCUUGUUGAAGUCGAUCUUCCGGUGGGAAAAAACAUGAAUGUAAAUGACCUCGAAGCGUUGCCAAAGGGUGUCUACAACGUGAGCAUCGUGGUAGAAGACACCAGUCUUCAUAAUCCUCAUGCUUCCAACAAAGUGACUUUCGAAAUCCACCUACUAUCGAGGAAGGAGAUGAUAAAGACGAGAGAGGAGAUGUUGGAAGGGAUAAGGGAGGCCCUUGGGGCAUAUCCCAUAAGUGUCCAAGUGCCCAAGAACACAAAAGGGAUCUUCCGCCUCCCUAUCAAUUCCACUGCUCGUCCUUCGUGGAAUUCCUCUUUCUCCCUCCCGUCGUCGGCGAGUGGUGUCUUUCGUAUAACCCCGGAGACAGGAAUCAUCUACAUCCCAGACCUGCUUGACUUGAAUGUCGGCAUGGAAGUGGAGAUGAAGGAGGUCCUCGUCCAGUUUAGGGAGCAUUCAGAGCCUUGGAGCAUUCCCGUGAACAUCUCGGUCCGUGUGGAAUCCAGCAGCUCCCCCUGUUCCCAUGCCACCACCCGUCAAUGUGCCAGCUUCGAGGACCCCGAGUCUUGCAGUGGAGAAUGCGGCUGCUUUUGGAGGCAAGGGAAGAACACGACGAAUCCUACGAACCUCUAUUCUACGUGUUCUCAAGACCUUCACACUUGUCCUGAUGGCCGUUGUGACGAGUUGGAACAACUUCACCCUUGGCUCUGCCCACAGGACUGUGCACGCACCGUGGUGGGAUUGGGGCAUUCCCCAGGGAUCACAUGUGAUGGAGAACGAGGAAUCUUCCAUGCACGAGGAGUUUGUAGCUGCUUGAAAGAUGACGAGUGCUCCUGCAAGGAUGCCACAAAUGAAGAAGAGGAGGAGCAUUUGCCGCCGGAAUGCUUGAGGACGGCAAAAGGCUUGGAAUAUAUCGGCCACAUGAACAGGAGUUGGUCGGGGAAGCUCUGCAUCGUUUGGCAUCACGCCUCGCUCUUGGAGGAAGUCAACGAAGACGGGAUCAUGGACCCGAUCCCUCCGGAAAACUAUUGCCGGAACAUGAAGAACCAUGACCGUCCCUGGUGCUUCGUCGAUUCUCUCAAAGGAAUCAUCUGGGAAUACUGCAACAUCCCGAGGUGCACCGGACACGGACCAGACGGAAAUCCACUCCUGGUUUCAAAGCCACCCAUCCACCUCCUGUGCUCCUGUAAUGAUAAGGACCCAAGUAACACAGCAAUGUUCUAUGGCAGUGAUGCACAACCCGCGGCCCGCAGAGACCCUUUUUGCGGCCCCUUGGAUGCCUCCGCUUCGGUGGAUGCAGGGGGACAUUUUGUAAGGGAUGCUUUCCGAGAAACUUCCAAAGAGAGCCUCUUAAUCCCAUAUGAUGUACAGCCAAGUCGGUGGAAGCGUAAAGCGAACAAGAGACUCCUGGCCGUGGUAGCUUACUGGACGGGACAAGGAAACAAUGGAGAGGGAGAGUCCAGUUCCUACAAUACCUCUGUUUAUCCUCAAACCAUUUCAACGAGGGAACCCUCCACAGUCUACAGCAGUGACGUCGCCUACCUUGUGCAGGACUCAUCCAUCUUCCGUUCGAUUUCUGACAUCUCCACCCUGGAUCCUGCCAUGGCCGCUAAUGUUAUCAACUGCCAUCUCUCUGGACCGUGUGCAGACCCAGCUCCCCUGGAUAGAAGUCGCCUCCCAUCUUUCCUGCCUCCUGGCCCGCCUCUCGAGGCAAUUGCAAACCUCCGUGGUCUAACCAAGGACUCAUCCAUCUUCCGUUCGAUUUCUGACAUCUCCACCCUGGAUCCUGCCAUGGCCGCUAAUGUUAUCAACUGCCAUCCCUCUGGACCGUGUGCAGCCCCAGCUCCCCUGGAUAGAAGUCGCCUCCCAUCUUUCCUGCCUCCUGGCCCGCUUCUCGAGGGUGUGGACAAGAAAUGGGAAUUCCCGCGGAAUCGGCUGCACCUGGAGACGGUUCUGGGCGAAGGAGAAUUUGGAAGAGUUCUCAAAGGUCAAGCACUUGGGAUCCUUCCUCAUGAACCAGGAUACAGGACGGUGGCUGUUAAGAUGCCGAAAAAUCCAGGCAACGCAAUAGAAGAAAGGGACUUAUUGAGCGAAUUCCACUUAUUGAAGGAUGUGUCUCACCCAAAUGUUAUUCGGGUGCUGGGGAUCGUGACACAACAAGGAGGACCUGUCAUGUUGAUCUUGGAAUUCUGCAAAUACGGCUGUCUCCGGAGUUAUCUGAGAAAGUGUGUAGGGGGCGAGGAGUUUGAGGAGAAUGAAGCUGGGAGUGGAGAGAGCUUGACCCCCAAUGACAUCCUCUCCAUUGCCUGGCAAAUCGCUCGUGGCAUGGCCUACAUUGCUAACAUGAGGUUGGUGCACAGGGACUUGGCAGCCAGGAAUGUUUUGUUGGCCGAAGGCCGUCAGUGCAAGAUCUCCGACUUUGGUCUAACCCGGGAUGUCUACGAAGGCGAUAUAUACAUGAAAAUCAGCAAGGGCAGAGUGCCAGUCAAGUGGAUGGCACCAGAAUCCCUAGUGGAUGGGGUUUACACGAGUAAAUCCGAUGUUUGGAGCUUUGGGGUGCUCUUAUGGGAAUUGACCACCAUGGGUGCUUCCCCGUAUCCUGGAGUCCCAUUGGAGAACCUCGUCUCUUUGCUGGAGUCGGGAUAUCGCAUGUCCAGACCCACCUCAUCCGCUCCGGAAUUGUACUCAUUGAUGAAGUCGUGCUGGACCUACAAGCCUGCGGAACGGCCCGAUUUCCAGACACUCUCAGAUAAGCUGGAAGAGUUGCUUCAAUCCAGCUCUGAGUAUCUGGAAGUGAAACAACCCUGCGCUUCGAACGCCAUGUAUUUCCUCCCGUCCUCCGAAGAGCCAACAGCAGAGAGAGAAAGAGAAGUAAAAGUGGAGGAACACGAGGAAGUCGAUCCCUCUAACGCGAACCGCCUCGUCGAUGAAAGCGCCCCGCUCGUGUUUGCAGGUCAGCAGGACGGCCCUUGCUACGACGUCAGCUCCCCGCCGAUCCCCCCCUGCCACUGCGGACUGGCGAUGUGCGAAUACGGCGACGCGGACGAGGCCGAAUGCUUCGUCCGAUGCCACGAGAAUUACCCGAACGAAUUCGUCGUCGGCGUCUGCCACAUCAGCGAUGACAACUGCCUCUGUUACUGCUCUGAAACGUCUACACUCCCAGAAGAUUGUCCAGGUGAAUUCUCGCAUUGA